AUGAGUGGGAUCAUACCCUUGUCUCCCUCGCCAGGAUCCUCCAAAGCUGAAAGGAGUAUCACGGAAUCUGUGGAAAAAAGGGAAUGUGACAGGUGUUCCGAGAACAUCCCUAUUGAUAAGUUCAAACAACGAUAUGAGGAGCUUAUGAGUGUCGUAGAUGAGAUUUGGGAGAGUGAACAGAAGGGAGUGUUACUGCCAAAUAAUGAAGAAGCCACAAACGACGAAAUCCGAAUCUUAUCCACGAUGAUACCUGAAUUUCUUCGAACCUUCCCAAAUCUCAUUUACCCAAUACCAUAUCUACAAAUACGAUACGCUCGGCUUCUCUCGACUUUAGCUCGGACCUUAUCCAAUACAAAGGAAAUCAUCAAAAAUUACACUCAAGCAUAUUCGUCGUUCCUCUCUCUUAACAAUAAUUUAUCUACGCCUCUGACUUGUUCUCUGGCUUUCGGAUUGAUAAAUUUGCAUUUGGAUAUCUUAAGAUUAUCUAAGCAAUUGAUCGAGAAAAGAUCGAACAGAAAGAUUGGCUAUGAAAAUCUGGGUAAAUCGAAUCGUCUGAAAACUUCAAAAGAAGAGUAUCUGGAUGACGGAGAGAUUGAAUCGUAUUUGAAGGAAGGUCAAGAUUGGAUUGAAUCGUGUAAAGAUCAUUUAAAUGAUUUAGCUUUUACUCAACACAACCACGGUUAUGGGUCGGAAACUAAGUUUAACGAAUUGGAAUUGGAAAGAUGGCAAAGGCAGUUUGAGGAAUUAGAUAUCUGGUUCAAUUAUUUAUAUUGA